CGAGCUCUGGCAGACAGCUGAUCAGCGCUGUGGUAUUCAAAGCUGAGAGGCGGAGAGAGAAGGAGAGAGAGAGAGAGAGGGAGGAGAGAGGGAGUGAAGGAGCGCGAGAAACGGAGGAAGGAUCGGAGGAGUCACAGAGAAGGUUCUCAGAUCUCAGUGAAAUUGAAAGAAGAAGCUGGAAGAGCGGUUUUGUUUUGCAUUUUAAGCGUGGAAGGGGGUCUGUUUACUGGAGGGGAGGGGCUGAUGUCGCAGCUCUGAGGAUGAAGAGGAGGAGGAGGAGCCGGAGGACGAGUCGCUGUGGGAUGUAAACACGGGGGGAACGUGCUCGUUUGGGGUUUGCUGAUGCGAUAGGACCCCACGCCCGCGCCUCGCAGAGAGAGAGAGGGCGACCUGUCAGAAUUCGCAGCCCGUUCUGUGGGGUCCCGCUGACCCAGCCCAGCGGACCCAGCACAGAGGACCCAGCCCAGCGGACCCAGCACAGAGGACCCAGCCCAGCGGACCCAGCACAGAGGACCCAGCACAGAGGACCCAGCCCAGCGGACCCAGCACAGAGGACCCAGCCCAGAGGACCCAGCCCAGCGGACCCAGCCCAGCGGACCCAGCACAGAGGACCCAGCCCAGAGGACCCAGCACAGCUGGCCCAGCACAGAGGAUCCAGCACAGCGGACCCAGCCCAGCUGGCCCAGCACAGAGGACCCAGCACAGCGGACCCAGCACAGAGGACCCAGCACAGAGGACCCAGCACAGCUGGCCCAGCACAGAGGACAGCGACAUGUCUUGGUCUUUGCUCUCGCCCGUGCAGUGGGCCAAAUGGACCUGGUCUGCGGUUCGAGGUGGAACGGAGGAGGAGGGAGAGGAGAUGAGGGAAGAGGAAGAGGGAGAGACAAAGGUGGAGGAAGAGCUCUUUCCUAAUGAGGACAGGCGGGUCCCUCGAUCUGGGAGCUCGGACUCCGAGGGUCACUUUGGGACCCCAGAGGUGCAGACGCCCGUUAACGCCCCGCCGAAGGAGCUGGUAGAGCUGGAGGACCCCAACGCCAACGGCACAGCAGGUCUGCCGGAAGGUGUCGGUCAGCUAAUUCUGCCGCUGGAGGGCUGCACGACUUCCUGGACCAGAACUCCAAUCGGAAUGAGGCCCACCCCCCGGCCCCCCCCGGCCGAUGCCUCGGGUGAAGACGUGGACGAACGGGAGUGGAGCGUCGACAUGCUCAACAACCUGACGGACGCGCGUCAGCUCCAGGCGGUCCCGCCGAUUGCCCGCAAGCCGAGCGGAGACGCCUCGGUCAUGGCUGAAGGAGUCGCGGCGGCUCUCCAAGGGCAACCACGCAACGGCCACACCGAAGAGGCGGAGCCGAUGCCGAUACCCGAAAAGAUCAGGCCCUUGCCCCUGAGCCUGAGGGGAAGCCUGAACAGGGCCAACCUGAACAAGGCGGAACCCCCCAGUGAUGAUGACAUUGAGAUGCCGGUGCCCAAGGCCUGCUAUGGCUUCGACCCAGACCAGUAUGAUGACAACUUCAACCCCUUCUCCAGCGGAGGUUCCAAGCUGCAGAACUCGCCGCCCCCGUGCCCACGUCCAACUGCUACUAAGGAGGACCCAACCGCCACCUGGGAGGACCCAGCCUCCACCUGGGAGGACCCAACCACCGUGCAAGACGACCCAGUCGCCAUGCAGGAAUAUUCCACCACCACCUGGGAAUGCUCUACUGCCGCUCGGGAAAUCCCAACUGCCACCCAGGAGGUCCCAACCACCACCCUAGAGGACCCAGUCGCAAGCUGGGAGGAUCCAACCACCACCCUAGAGGACCCAGUCGCAAGCUGGGAGGAUCCAACCACCACCCAGGAAUACCCAACUUCUGCCCAGGGAGAUCCAACUGCUAACCAGAAGGACCCAGAUACCGACACAGAGUGCCCGACCACCACCCAGGAAGAUCCACCCGCCAUCCUGGAAGAUCCACCCACCAUCCGGGAAGACCCACCCGCCAUUCGGGAAGACCCACCCGCUAUCCGGGAAGACCCACCCGCCAUUCGGGAAGACCCACCCACUAUCCGGGAAGACCCACCCGCCAUUCGGGAAGAUCCACCCGCCAUUCGGGAAGACCCACCCGCCAUUCGGGAAGAUCCACCCGCCAUUCGGGAAGACCCACCCGCCAUUCGGGAAGAUCCAAUUGGCGCCCGGGAAGACCCAGCCGCCACCCAGGAGGACGCAGCCUCGCAGGAAGCCAAGCCUGUCAAGAUGGAGUUUGGACUGAUGAACGAGGGCUCGGGUGGGGAGACCAAGCGGCCACCGCCGAGGAAGCUGGGAAAGAAGCCUGGCAGCAAACUGCUCGCGCCCAGGACGCAGAGGCCAAAACCGGUCCAGCCAGCCUCAGCACCAGCUGCCACUCACAGCUCGGACGACGCCCCCGCGCCCAAGUCCUCUUACGGCUGCGACCCCAGCGAGUGGGACGACCCCAACUUCAACCCGUUUGGGACCAAAGGCAAAAUGUCCAACUCCCCAACACUCCCAAAGGGAUCCUACAGUUUCAACCCCGACAGACUGGAUGACUCUGUGGACCCCUUCAAGCCCUCCAAAAGCCUGGCUGAGGACAACACUGCAAAGGUGGCCCCUCCAGCCGAGAAGCUGGCAGAUGAACCUGCCAAGCACAAGCUGGAUCUCCCCCUGGAGGACGAGGAGAGGAAGUGCAGGCAGUCACCAAAGAAGACCAAGUCCAGGAUGAUCACGACAACUGAACAAGUCAAGUUUCUCUGUUUUCUGUUGAACGCCUGCAAAGUAGAGAAGUAUGAAAAUCAGUCUCUGGUUCUGGACGUGUGCGAUCAGGAGGAGGACCCCGUAGUGACCCAGGCCCCCAGCAUGUCCCACCGCGUGUCCCGGGCCACCGACGAGGAGAAGCUGGCCUCCACGGCCAAGGGAGAGACGGAGAGCGAGCCCCCGGAGCGGCCGGCCCCGCCCGCCAGCCCAGCCGCCAAAACCAAGACGCCGCACGGCGACGAAUCUCAGAUGAAGAUGGCAGACAGUCUUGAGGAGAAGGACUCCUGCUGCUUGAGCGAAGAACCGCCCGCAACUCAAAGCACAGAGCCAAGGACAGGAAGUGAGAGCCAAGAGACAGGAAGUCCGCUUCUAAACUCCAUCUGCAUCAGCCAGGCGGACAAGGGGGCGGUGCUUGCGCUGAUCAGGGAAGAGAUCAUAGCUAAAGAAAUCGAGGCGGGCCAGUGGAAGAGGAAGUACGAGCAGACCAGACAGGAAGUCCUGGAGAUGAGGCAGAUAGUGGCAGAAUAUGAGACGACUGUGGCCCAGAUGAUAGAGGACGAGCAUCGCACUAACCGGACCUCCCAGCGGACCAUCCAGCAGCUCACCGCCGAGCGGGACCAGGCUCUGGCUGACCUCAACUCCGUGGAGCGCUCCAUCUCCGACCUCUUCCGGAGGUACGAGAACAUGAAGACCAUCCUGGAAGGCUUCAAAAAGAAUGAGGAGGUGUUGAAGAAGUGCGCUCAGGAGUACCUGGUCCGAGUCAAACAAGAGGAGCAGCGGUACCAGACACUCAAACUGCACGCAGAAGAGAAGAUGGACAGUGCCAAUGAGGAGAUCGCUCUGGUCCGAUCCAAGGCCAACUCGGAGAGUAUAGCUCUUAACGCCAGCCUACGGAAGGAGCAGAUGAGGGUGGAGUCAUUGGAGCAGGCCCUCCAUCAGAAGAGCGGGGAGAUCGAGGAGCUCACCAAGAUCUGCGAUGAACUGAUUGCAAAGCUCGGUAAAACCGAUUGAAGAACCACCAGGGAGCUAGGCUACUUCUGACCCACCUAUCCAACGCCUUCCCUUCAACUUCAACCACGUCUCCUCAACGCCAUGCAUGGGAGGGCUAGCGAGCAUCGAGCUAACCGCUCCCGGUCAACAGUGGUGCAGGCUGGCUAAUAAGGGUGUUUAAUUUUGCUCCGUGGAGGAAGAACACCGCUUUCUCUUACUCUCUUCGAAAUAUCAAACAGACAAACAAAAACUGAAAACGAAUAGAAUAAAACAUAUUCAAAAUAUAUACAAAAUGAAAUCAGACUUCGGAAUAAAUAUAAAAAGAACAAAAACUGAACAGCAGGAUAUUGAAGAAAAUUUGUUUUUGAGGCCGGAUUUGAAGAUCAGUGUAUAUCCUGCAGUGUGUUUGUGCAGAAAUUACACACACACACACAUAUGUGUUCUUUUUUCUCCUUUUUGCAGAAGAGAAAAGAUAAUAAAAAUCUAUAAACUGUAUUUCCACCUCUGAAAAUCUCCUAUAAUUGUACAGCUGCGCAGGAAACGACACAAGCAGGACUCUCCUGCGUCUCUCCCCGGUCCUCGGUUGGCAGUGGACCGACCCCCAGCGUUUACACAACCGACCAGCUGCUACCCGAAAGAGACCGAGAAGGGAAAAAAAACUUGUAUCAACUUCUGUUCUCCAGAUAUUGUAAAGCGUAACAAAGAAGGCCUUUUCUUGUAAUUAAGUCUGUCUUUUAAAAGACUGUGCCUUUGGUGACUUUGAUGGUUGUUUUGCUGUUGGCUCUCACUCCGUCUGAUCUAGAGGAAAACACCCCCACUCCUUCAGUAAUCCUUGUCAAAAACUUCCCUAAUAGGUAAAUGGGCAGCGAUCGACUUUCACAAACACUCCCAAGUUAUUCGUUACCCAGCGGAAGGUCAAUGCCAAUCUCAAAAGGUGUCCGUGCCGGAGUAGCAAGUCUGUCAGAAGCACUAGUGCUCAUUCCUGCAGUGAUAUACGGCAUGGUGCAUCCCCGCCAAUAAAAUAAUCACGCACUAGAGUUGUCUUAUACUUUAAAUUUACUACACUUGAAAUUUGCGCUAAAAUUCUAUAAUCCCACAUCUCAGUUUCAUCUGACAAAAGUACACGUGUCCAGCUGCGCAUGAAACAGACAAACUAUGGUAAAUCAUGCAUUCUCUUGAUAUAGGCCUAUACAACAUCGGGCAUGUCCCGCCAAGACGGCUGGCUGGAUGGCAUAUCUGCCAUCCCAAUAUAGCGCAGUUGGCCCUCGUUAGUGCUAAUAUUUUUUUCGUGUUCACCCCUUUGUAAAAGAUUCUGCUGGUCUAUGGGCAGUUUAUCGCAGUGUUUCAGUGUUUCUUCUGAAUGUGUAGUGAUGCUUAUGUUACUCUUCCAGAGAGGCACACUGGGAGAUUAAUGUGUAACUGCUCCUGUACUGUUUUGGCAUGCAACAUAAACAUGAACUUAAAUUGUAUUGUAUAUGGGAGAUUAAAUAAUCAAGUAGGGUUUUCCCCAAUCAGGUGUACCAUUAAAAUCUUUGAUUUUACUUUUUAAAUUAUUUUAGAUACGGUCCUUGCCAUUUGUUCGUUAAACAAGUGUGCCUAAAAAGUGCUCUUUGUUUUUUUUAAAUUUUUUAAUUUUAUUCUUUUAACAUGCCAGGCAAAAAAAAGGACUGCUAUUUUUAUACAGAUUUCAUGAACCACAGUAAUGGUGUAGUUUUAUUUUUCAUGUCACAAAUUUGACUCUUUUUGACUCAAAUAACCGAAUCAAUGUUAAAACAUUGUAGCAGAAAAGUGUCAGAAUAUUAUUGCAGAUACUCUAUUUGAUUGAAGAUAUUCAGCUCAGGCAUUCCUGCAACCUUCCACUCUACUUCGUCCACAGUAAAGGAGCUUCUAGCAGGCAACAGCUUGCUGCUGUCUCCAUUACUUCACUGAGGAUGGGCUCUCUUUAGCAGCGAAUGGGAACAUGGUUUCGCAUGUUGGCAGUGAUGGACUUUUCAGCAUUAAGCCCCACUGUGCUGGAUAUCUGGUGAGUUGAUAGAAUAUCUGUGCUGUUGACAGACUGCCAUCAUGUUGCUGGCCCUUGCAGUCAAAGCUUGGGGAACCAAGGGAGGUAGUGGGGCCUCUGUCACCAUGGAAACCAGCAUUCUAUCCUCUCAUCAGUACCAACUACGCUACUGUGGACUGGCAGAACUCUUGGCUGCGCGUGUGCCAAUCAGAGAAAGGCGGGGUCUGUUUCUGCCAUCAGUCUAACUGCGUUCACCAAAACCUGGAGCAACAAAUUUAAGCACAAGUUGUUUUCUCGAUCUCUUUAGAAGUCCGUUUCUCACAUCGUAGUGGAUGGCACGCCAUUAUUUAUGCAGUGCAAGGACUGAUUGAAAUACGCAUGCCUGAAUGUGCUGCUCGAUUACACUACGUGCUGUACUAUUGCCUCUUAAUUAUCCAUUAAUGCUGCAUAUAUUUUACCUAUUUUAAGCUCAUAUUUUUUUUAAGGGUAACUGACAUUUGUAAAGAGGAAAUAAAUAUAUAAGCAGAUGUAAGGAAAUUAUGUUUAUUAAUAUAUAUAUUUUAUUCUUAUUUCAUCACCUGAAUAAAAGAUUAUCGUGAUUA